UUGAAAAUUGCUGCUGAAGAGCAAUUAGGGAAGAUUAGUAUAAACGAAAAUGAUGUAAACGCCAACGGUAAUUCACAUAGUGGGAGUAGAGGAUACAAUGAGUUGAGCAAGACAAUACAAAGGCAACGUAACAUUAUCAAAGAGCUAGAGGAAGAAAUCAAAGCUAACAAAUUGAUUAUUUCCAAUCAAAAAGAAAUGUUACGUCGAACAGAGCUUACGCAACUACAAAAUAGUGCAUCAGUUAAUCGUGUUAACGGGCGUCGGAUGGAAAGUGGUGAAUAUUCAACUCUAACUCAGGAGAAUACGCAGGGUAAUGGUUCGG